AUGGCGACUGCACGAACCCGAUCGCUCCGAAUCGUCGCCAUCGCCGUCGCUCUCGUCGCAGCUGUCGCCGCUGCCGUCGCAAACCCCUCUGACGAGCCCCAGGCGUUCGACGCGCCACUGCCGGGAAGGGCGGCGCUGGAAAAGGCGGCGGGUGCGCAGAUCAGCGGCGGAGCGCUUCCAGUCUUCGGCGGAGGAAACUGGCUUCCGCGUCCGCGCGGUGGCGGAAAGGGCGGAAAGGGGGGAAAUGGCGGGAGUGGCGGGCGCAUGCGGGCGACGUGGGGAGUGCCUCUGCGGCUGCGCGCGGCAUGGGGGAGCGCUAAGUUCCGCGUGAAGGCACGGGACGCGCUGGGGCGGCUGACGGGCGCGCGCGGGGUGGCGGUGACGGCGCAGGGGCGCGCGGAGCAGCUGAUGGCGGCAUGGGCGGGACGGCGAGGGAGGGAGGGAUGGCGGAAGGGCAAGGACGUGUGGACGCAAGUUGCGCGCGACUGCGUCUCUCAGUUGGCACUCGCCAAGGCGAGCAUGGAUGAAGCAGCGGUGAUCAUCAACACGGGCGAGGGUGACGUGGCAGAUGCGCGCAUCAGCCUAUCAAGUGCUGCCACGUUGGCGGGCGACUGUCUGGACUCCUUCCGCACCUUCGCUGCUGAUGGCGCCACCAGCGAACCCGCCCGGGCCGUGCAGGGGUGGGUGUGCGGAGGGGGGGUUGGUGGUGCGUGCAUGCAGUGUGCUGUGUUCACGCCAGCCGCCACUACCGUGCAGGGCUUUGGAUGCAAUGGUGGGGUAGGAGGCAGUGGUGGUGAUGCAGUGCGGUCAUUCCAAGUUCCAACUCAUGCCUCUUGCUGCCACCCAACCAUCAUCCCUUACUGCUCUCUCUCUCCCCACGCUCUAAGCACCUCAGUUCAUUCGUGCUAUUCCUCCACUAUGGAACUCGUCACUUGCUCGCUUCAACUCACCACCAACCAUCCCUCCCUCCCCAUCCCUUGCCCUCUCUACCCCAUGCUCUGCGCCAUUCUCGGUCCCAUGCAUGACGGCGAGCAGCAAGCAGCGGGGCAGUUGAGGGAGGCGCUGAUGGCGCUGCAGCAGCAGGCGGCCGACAUGGCCACCAUCGUUGCCGCCUCCUCGCCCCCCCCGCUCUCCUCGCCACUAUUCUCCCCCGGCCCCGCUGCCAGCCCUGCAAGCGACAGCAGCCCUCCAGCUGACAACAGCAGUGGCGCUGAUGCUGCCGAUGGUGCUGCAAGCGACGGCAGUGGCAGUGGUGCUGAUGGCGCUGGCACUGGUGGUGCCGCUGAUAGUGGUGGUGAUGGCAGCGAUGGCAGUGCCGGUGGUGAUGGUGACACUGCUGCUGGUAUCAGUGGGUUCACGAUUGCACAAGUUGCCACAGCCAGCACCACAGCACCGUCGCGCUCACCCGUCAAGUCAAGGAAACACCCUGCUCGCAACGCCACCCGCCCCUCCGCCUCUGUUGCAGAAGUCAACUCCACCGCCCCUGCUCCCCCUGGCCCUCCGCCCUCCCCCCUUUCCAGCCCCACGCCUCCCCCCACUCCCUUCUCUUCCCUCCCCCUGUCACCAUCGCCUCCCUCCUCGCCCUCCUCGCCCUCCUCUCCCACUCCUCCGUUUCCUCCUCCUUCCCCUCCUCCAUCUCUCCCUCCCUUCCCUCCUCCCUCCCCUCCCCCCUUCUCUUCAGUGCCUCCCUCCCCACCUCCCUCCCUGUCCCCCUCCUCGCCCUUCCCCUCCCCGCCUCCCUUCUCGCCCUGGCCCGCCACACCUGCUGCUCCAUCGCUGCUCCCCCUCCCGCUGCUGCCCUCUCCUCCCCCAUCCAUCCCCGCGUGCUGCACCUGCACAUGCGCCUGUGCCCCCGUCCUGCCCCCCGCCUCCCCUCUGACUUCUCCCCCCCCUCCUCUCUCCACAUUGCCCCCCCUCCCUCCUCCUUCUCCUUUCCCUCCACCUCAGCCUCCUCCGCCCCUCAAUUCCCCUCCACCUUCUCCCCCUAUCCCGCCCCCUUCCCCUCCUCCCCCGCCCCCUUCCCCUCCCUCCCCGCCCCCUUUCCCUCCUUCCCCUCCCCCUUCCCCUCCUUCCCCACCCCCCCCCCCCACCUUCCCCUCCACCCUCCCCUCCUUCCCCACCUUCCUCCCCUCCUCCCCGCCCCCCCACUCCUCCUUCCCCUCCCCCCUCCCCUGCCUCUCCCCCCCCUUCCCCUCCUCCUCGCCCCCCUUCCCCUCCCCCCCGUCCCCCUUCCCCCCCUCCGCGUCCCCCUCCUCCUUCCCCUCCCCCUUCCCCUCCCCCACGGCCCCCCCCUCAACCUCCUCGCCCCCCUUCCCCUCCUCCCUCUCCUCCGUCCCCCCCUCCGCGUCCCCCUCCUCCCCCUUCCCCACCCCCCUCCCCUCCGCCCUCCCCACCCUCACCGCCCCCCUCUCCGCCCUCCCCACCCCCCUCACCGCCCUCCCCGCCCCCAUCCCCGCCCGCACCACCGUCCCCGCCCCCCGCGCCCCCCUCACUGGCGCGGCAGUGGACGCAGCGCCAUCCACCCCCAGGGGGCGCUUCAUAGUGUUUGUGGCGCCAGGCGUGUACACGGAGACGGUGCGAGUGACAAGGAGGAACGUGACACUGGUGGGGGCGGCACCCGAGGCAACGGUGAUCACGGGCAGCGCCAGCGUGGUGGGCGGCUCCACCACCUUCAACAGCGCCACCGUUGCCAUCACGGGAUCGGGCUUCCUGGCGGUGGGGGUGCGCUUUGAGAACACGGCGGGGGCGGCCAACCACCAGGCCGUGGCGCUGAGGGUCACGGCGGACAACUGCGCCUUCUUCGACUGCCACUUCAUCGCCUGGCAGGACACGCUGUACACACACAGCGGGCGGCAGUACUACCGCAACUGUGUGGUGAACGGGUCGGUGGACUUCGUCUUUGGCAACGGUGCCGCCGUGCUCGACAACUGCACGCUGCAGAUCCGCCCGCAGCCCAACGCUGUGGUAACCGCGUCGGGGCGCACCAACUCCACGGAGCCCACGGGCAUCGUGAUCGUCAACUCCCGCGUGGAGGGUGAUGUGGCACAGGCGCAGUUCCUGGGGCGGCCGUGGAGGCCGUUUGCACGCGUGCUGUACAGCAACAGUGUCAUUGGCUCCUCUGUGAGUGUGCCACACUGCUAG